GUGCGGAAGCAAACCCGGAAACGUCACAAAUCAAAACAAAACAGGACACGUCGGCUCUGUCACGCUGAAGUCCACUUUUAGCUGGGCUUUAAUUAAAUGCAUUCCAGUGGAUCUGAAGCCGCAGAAUUGCUCAGUUUGUUUAAAAAAUCGUUUACAUCCCUCCGACUAUCGCUCUUAAAAGUAUAAAUGGAGACGGACAAAGGUGUGGUUUUGGCAACAGAGAGAUAUGGCAGUGCAGAAUCCUGGAAGUAUGUAUCAAAAGAUGGAGUGAUGGAGAGGAGGAGAGAUGGGAGUGAAGGUCACUCAGGAGGAAACUCGGUUUUUGGAGUUUUUAAAAGCGUCUUUCUGCCUCAAGGUUAUCCAGAGAGUGUGAGUGAUGAUUAUCUGCAGUACCAGUUCUGGGAUACAAUGCAGGCCUUCUCCAGCUCCCUGUCAGGGACUCUCGCCACUCAGGCUUCCCUCAGAGGUGUUGGUGUUGGAAACCAGGAGGCCACCGUAGCUGCAGCCACUGUUACCUGGUUAUUAAAAGAUGGGACUGGCAUGUUGGGAAGAAUCCUCUUCGCCUGGCAGAAAGG